UGGAUUUGAGUUACACAAGAGGUUCUUUUACAAGGACUUAAUGGAUGCCUAACUGAGGAAUGUACAGGAAUAAACGGCAUGGCUAUCUCAUGACAAGGCUAAACCAGCAAUUAAAUACUUGGUAGACAAGCCAAGUCAUGGAAUCCUAACUCCUUAACAGUCUGGAUUGUACACAGUGGAACUAAUGGACCUGCAGCAGUUUCAGCUGAGGUAAAAGUAUGGGCUGCUGGACCAAGCUGAAGGCGUCCGGAUGGGCUUAUCCCACUGCAAUCCUGUCACUCUAUGGGUUUUUUGCUAACUGCAGAGUAGCAGAGCCCUUCCUGACACCAUACCUAAUAGGACCACACAAGAACAUCUCUGAAGAAGUGGUGACCAACUACCUGUUUCCUAUCUGGACGUAUUCCUACCUGGCCUUCCUUUUCCCUGUUUUCCUCCUCACUGACUUCCUGAGAUACAAGCCAGUUAUAAUGAUACAGGGGCUCUUUCUAGUCACCAACUAUCUCCUGCUCUGCUUUGCCCCCGGUGUUCCUGCCAUGACUGUCCUGCAGGUCAACUAUGCUGUAGUGACUUCCACAGAAGUGGCUUACUUCUCCUACAUUUACAGCGUGAUUCCAGUUGAGAAUUACCAAAGAGCUACUGGUUACCUGCGUAGCGCCAUGUUGGCUGGAUAUACGACUGGUGCCAGCCUCGGCCAGGUGCUCAUCUCUAUUGCAGGGGCGGACUACUUCUACAUCAAUGCUCUCACUCUGGGGAUUUUGAGCAUAGCAUUUCUCAUCACAUUCUGGUUGCCAAUGCCCCAAAGAAGUAUGUUCUUCAAAGGGAAAAAGGCUGCAGCUGUGGGCUCGCAGUCCCAGCAGGAGGGGCCACUGGGAGAAAACAGAUUGGAGCAUCCAGUGAUGUAUAAGGAUGGAGCAGACUCAGGGAAAGAGGAGAUGGAGCAUAAUGGCUGCGCUGGCUGGUGCAGCAGGGAAAAUGUGGCCACUGUGGGCCCUGUCCUUUGGCAAAGCUUCAGGGAGUCCUACUCUUCCAGACAUUUAAUCUACUGGUCCUUGUGGUGGGCUCUGGCCACAGCUGGCUACGUGCAAGUCUUUAACUACAUCCAGCUUAUGUGGGACCAUAUAGAACCAUCUGCAACAUCAUCCAUCUACAACGGAGGAGUGGAGGCUGUAUGCUGUCUUGUAGGUGCUGCAGCAGCUUUCUCUGUGGGCCACCUGAAGGUCACCUGGGCUGUUUGGGGAGAACUGGCAUUAGGGUUGUUCUCAGCCGUGGCAACAGGCGCUGUGUUUCUGAUGGCAUUCACCAGCAGUAUCUGGGCGUGCUAUGCUGGUUAUGUGGUAUUCAAAUCCUGCUACAUGCUUCUCUUCACCAUCACAGCAUUUCAGAUUGCAUCCAACCUCUCCAUGGAGUGCUAUGCUUUGACAUUUGGGAUCAACACUUUCGUUGCCCUCACUCUGCAGACCAUCAUUACGGCUGUUGUUGUUGAUGAGACUGCGCUGGGUCUGGACAUAGUGACGCAGUUCAUCAUAUAUGGCAGCUACUACGCUUUCAUCUCCUUGCUCUUUCUGAUUCGAGGGACCUACACUGUCUGCAUACAUCAGUGCUAUCCAGAGCACACGGAUGCCAAAGAACCCAAGUCCAGUGUGGAGGUGAUCUCUGCUGAACGCCUUUGACCAAUGUCCAUGUUCCAUUUGUUUAUGGAGGAAUAAAAUGAUCAUGAGCUUUACAAAUGACCUUUUAUACUUUGUUAUCUCUACAAUCUAAAGAGGAAAACAAUCAGCACUAUGAAAUGAUGCAAUUAUUACUCAUUAGUAUUAAAAAUAAACUCCAGAGAGAUUUGUCUGCU